AAUGACCAUGAAAUUGGUUAUAAAUAUGGAUCAAAAUGCAAAAAUUAAUAAAUAGAAUGGAAGGCCUUGUAUUGAAUGACAAAGGAAAUCAACAUGUACCAAGAUGCUAAGGAUGAUAUUCAACGUGGAAAAGGAAUCGUAAGGGUUUUCAGUGAUAGAAAAAAUAAGCAUAGUCAAAUCAAGAAUGCACUUACUUCUGUACAAGUAACACUGCCAAAUAUGUGCACCAUAUUGAAUCAAACACGCGGACUGGUAAAAUGGAUAUUACUGAUCGAAUGACAUUAUAAAGGAUCAAAAGAGUAUAUAAUAUGUAUGCAGUUAUGAUGGAAAUCACUAAACUGAAA